GUAAUAAACAAUCGGCGGAGGGAUUUAGUGCGGCGGGCGAGUGGGUUGGGGGGGAUUCGUCACGUGACGUCUCCGCCCGGCGCGGCCGCGUCCCUCGCCUCGUCGUUGCGUGUGUGAGGGGAGGUACCCAAACCUAAACAUCAUGUGGUUUGGCUGACAUGGCAGGGAGAAGCUCUACCUAGGCUGCCAGAGGUGGCAUUCCUUACCAAGUAUACUGCACAAUGGGUUUUCUAGGCAGAACUCCCUCCGUGAGGCCCAUCUUUAGUUCUCUCCUUGGAAAAGUUGUCUGAAGGCUGCAGGGACGUGCAGAGUUCCUUCACCAUGUCUAUACUACAGGCCCUGGGUCCUGUGCAGACGUGGUUGGGCCAGGAGCUGGAGAAGUGCGGGAUAGAUGCUGUGAUUUACACACGUUACAUCCUUAGCCUUCUCCUCCAAGACACCUUUGAAGUGGAACCUCAAGAACAGGAAGGUAACAUCUGUGUGCCAUGGGACAAAGGACCAGGUCGCCGCUUGGGUAAGAACAAGAAGAAGUGGACGUCUGGUCUAAGUUUGGAGGAGAUGAAGAAGCAGGCUGCUGUCCAAUGUCUCCGCUCUGCUUCAGAAGAGACAUCCGGUAUAGAAAUGUUGGUGGAAGAGCUCUGUUGUAAAUUAAAAGAUCUCCAAGACCAGCAAAAGGAUGGACAGUCUUUUGGGAAGCUCACACCAAAGAAAGGAUCUCCGUCACUUGAUGAUGGGCCAACUUCUAACAAGGAUGAAGCUGAAAUGUACUACGAAGCAUUCCCUGCUCUAUCAGAAAAGACUGCUCCAUUUCCUGCAACUUCGACAUCUGUCUGGGUCUGUAAAGCCAAGAUGCUACGAGGCACCAGUUCUUCCACCUCUGACUCUGUCUCUUCAUCAUCUACCCUCCAGCAAGCCUGCACAGACACCUGCUCCCCAGUAGAGAUAUGCAGCGAUGAUGACGAGACAGUCCGGGAGAGACCGUCUGGGAAGCUAGAGUCUGGUAGUUCUCCAGGGCAGAGAGACAGCGGCAAAGAGAACGAGCAUGAUCGCAGCAUCUGCAAGCGUCAUAAGGCCAAGCCAUCUUUCUCGCGUCGGCAAGGAAGGGUUAGGUUGUCUGGAGAAGGGAAAUUGCCUAGAACACAUUCGGGCUCUUCUGACUCGAGUGAUGCUGGAUCUGCCUCUGGCUCCAACAGACCGUUUGAAGUGAACACCUUGAGAAAGGCAUUACGUCUCAAGCAGAGAAUUAGAGAAACUGACCGGGUACCAAGGUUACAAGAAGCAAUGGUUAAGCCGUCAAGGAAAUAUUCUAAGAAAUUUGACAAAAGCAAAUAUUUUGGUGGUACAGCCAGAUAUGAAUCAUAUUCCAGAGGGGGCUUUGCUGAAAAAGAAAGGAGAAAAAGUAAUGAUUUGGAAUUGACGAGUGAAGAAAACCUGUUUGGCCAAACUAGAAGACAAGGUCUUCAAGAAGAACCAAUGUGGUAUACAGAACCCCUUGGUGUUUGCUUUGUGUCGCAGAACCAGAAGAGCAAACUAGAAACGUCGUACCGUGGGCUUGCUAGUUCACAAGCUGAAAACUCUGAGUUGCAUCCACAGGCCAAGCGUUCCGAAGAAGUGCAUCCGCCACAUUACAGUAAAAAUACAUACGAUGAUGUUUUUAGGUCAGCAGGCACAUUUAUUGAUGGGUGCUUUGUGGAAGUGCCAGUAGUUUCUUCUGAUGGAGCUGAGCGUGAAAUGCCAACUACAGAGCUAAAGAACAACAUCCGUACUGAGCUAAACUGUUUAGACUGUGAUUACUUCCGUGAAGUAAAUUUUUAUCAAUCCAUGUUGGAUCCUUCUGCAUCUGAAUUGCUGCCUAACAGCAGUCGUAUAUUAAAGCUAAUCCACCAAAACAGCACGGAGCACGUUUCAGUGGAAAGUGAAAAUCAUGUUGGUUCUUUUGAGACUCAAAGUAAAGAAAGUGAAAGUGCAAUAUGGACAGAUGAACAGGUUUUGGAAAAACCUGAAAUUAUGAACCUCCGUGAUUCCCAGGAUGGCAACAAUAGCAUUAACAAGCUGAGCCCAACAGUUGCUCGGUUCUGGGAUUGUUCAUCUCCUUCAUUCUGUUCAGAAGAUGAAGGCUCGCAAGAUGACCAUCUUGUGUCAUUUUUCAACAGUCCAAUUUUCCACAUUGAUGAGAGAUUUGGUUGCCUUGUAAUCAAAAGCAAGGAGUGCCCUCAAAUUGAACAGUUAAAUUCUGACAAAGAUAAGUUUCCCAAACCUGACCCCGGUUUAGAUAUGGCUGCUCUUUUCCCUGAAGUAGACGUUCAGUUUACAAACCAACCUCGGGGCCCUUUGGAAGUGUUUGUAGACACAGUAAGUGAGAAGCUUGGUUCAGCAUUAUGGGAAGAUGCAGGUGCAGCAAAAACCUCUCGCCUGGCAAUGUGGACCCGCUCGCAAACGUGUGAAGAUGAUGGCCCUUUCUCUAGUUUGUCCACACGGACUGGCAGUCCAUGGUCCCAUUCUGAUGAUGUUCGUUCUGAAGAUGCAGCUUCCUUCAGCUUACAGGGUGACGAUUCAUCAAAAUUUUCAGCAGAGGAAAAGAAUGUUAGUAGCCUAACUGAUUCUGUCACCAUGCAAGAGUCUGAUCUUCUCAACUUAAUUCCACAACAUAACCAGUUUGAUGUUGAUGGUGCUUUUCGAAAACUGCCCCCAUUAAGCUGCAAGCAUGGAUCGAAGUUGGCUGCUGUUUGUGGUAUACAAUUAGAGGAAGAUGGAGAGGAAAUCCCACUUGUCAAUGAAAAUAUUUAUUUGUCCGCCCCUCUUUUAGCAUUUCCUCACCAAUCUAGCUCAGGGAAUUCAAUACAAUUUUUGAACGAGACCUCUCAUGAGGUUUUGCCACCACCAAACUUCAGCCACUCUGCUUCUGUUACAAACCAUACUUUAACAGUCGAGGUUACAACCCCACCUUGCAAUGUAGAAGUAAAAAAAUGUUUGCCUAAAAUGGCUUCAACAGCUGUACAGCGGUCAGAGUAUCGUCUUUGGGAUAAUGUAAAUUCCAAUGCAUCAGUAAUGACAGAAGGAACAUCAGAAAAAGUGUGGGAUAUGACUGAGGAAACAGACACGUCGUUUAUUUUGGGUGGUGUAUAUGGAACAGGAAAGCAUUUAAAGGAUGAAUGUUCAAGCAUGCAGAACUGGUCUUCUGUAUCUAGCACUGAACAAAAAGACAGCAGUUUGCUUGAGAGUGCAUCCCCAAAUGCAGUAAUUAUUGCAGGCUCAAACUUGUGUAUGGCACCAAAUUUUCAUGCACAACACAAAUCCCUUUGGAAAUCUCGCUUUCCAUUUGCUCAAGGUGGACUGUCUGUAAAGUGGGAGGAAAGAAUGGAUGCCACCAUCCCAUUCCUUUUGCAAGAUGAUUGUGGGGGAAGUUACAGCAAUUACCUUGGAUCAGAUUUUUGUCACAGCCCUGGCAUCAAGUGCACUUUUCCGUCGCUAGAUCUCAACAGUCAUUUUUCACAUCUUCUGAGUGUCCAAUGUGCUGUACAGCCUGAUGUCGAUUCUCCACUGGAUGCUCCCUUCAAGCCGAAACCCGUUUUGAGCUCGGGCACGGAAGCACACAACCUGGAACACCAAAAAGUGUAUGGGCUUUGCCAGAUGCAGUACCGUGCCAUACGGAUCUCGCCACGUACCCACUUCCGCCCAAUUCAAGCUGGCGAGCUUUCUCCAUUUGCAGGUGAUACAUCAGACUCUGAAUCGGAGAAGGGUGAUGAAACCCUGCCCAUUGUAACAUACAGCGACUUGUUUGAACAGCCAGAGGCCGAUCUAAGGCCCCUAGAAGAAGAUGCAGUCGCUAAUUACCAGGAAUACAAAUGCUAUGCACAAAGUGAAACCGAUACACAACAUAUGGAGGUUCCACAAGUAAGGAAGACUGCGAUUGAGAGGGGAGCACAAACAUCCCUGGACUCGCAAGAUAAACUCACUGUGGCUUGUGGGGAUGAUUGUGUUCAUGAGUGUGCGUCUGAAAGUUCCAGUGCGCCUCACGUUAUUGGGUGCUUUGGUUCCAAUGCAAAGCAUGAUGCCAAUAAGGACAUUGAGCAACAAAGCACUGGUGGAGAACGUGGAACAGAUGAGUGCUAUGGAUCCUUCAUUCUUGGUGGAGUUUACUCAACUUCUGAUGAGCAAGAAAGAUAUGCAAAGCCUUUUCUUGCUUGUAAGAAUUGUUGGUCUGACAAUGAGACCAAGGAGCAAGAAGACGAUUGCUGGAAUUUGUUGGACUCUAUUUCUCGUCUAACAAUCAGAUGUUCCAAACCUCCAGAGUCGUGUGAAAAGGGAGAUUCCAGCUGGAUUAACAAGCAGUUGGGUAACAUCCAGACAAGCCAAGCCAGCGAGGUUGACUGUGGCAUUCAGUGUGCCACAUUUCAGCCCGAUGUGUCUGCUGUAGUGGAGGGAAGGCAUACUUUUCCCGGCAGGCUGGGUUCUUUCUUCAUUGGAGACCCUGACCUCUCGGACAGCUCAGACGACGCGGAGAGUGAUGGGAGCCAAGAUGAUGACACCACCUUCAGCGAGAAGGAUGAACCCAUCUAAGACAGGCAGCCGUCAUCUACUGGCCGUCUUUGCUGAGUUCGAUUUUUAAUGUUUUGCCUGCAUAAUAAUAAUAAACCUGUGUUAGGAGGGGUUUUUUCUUUCAUUUUUGUCUGCUUGCUCUGCAAAAAUGUGAAGUGGCCAUUUAAUAGCCUUAAAAUUUGAAAUAGUAAUUUGAUUAAUUCAGUGUUUUACUAAAUUAUGUACAAACGAGAUAUACCUUGACACCCAUGCAUCUGUUCAAUUGAUCCUGUUUUUAAGUAGACCGAAUUUGAAUGAUACUAACAUACAGCUCUUACACACCAUUGGAAUUUGUAAGCUACCAUAUGCAGGUUGCCCUCAUGGAUGCACAGAAAAUGCAUAACAGAAUUUCAGCUUAGAAAUGUAUGCGGAUGUGUAAAUAUUAAGCUGACAGUAUUUGAACUAGACCUUUCACAGAAAUAAAAAAUAAUUCCGCUUCAUUGCUAUGGGAAUUAGGAGAAAUUUUCAAUAAAAAAUGUUGUAAAUCGGAACAAAUUGAACUUAUAACUAAACAAUGGGCUAAACUAAAUUUGUUUUUCAAUUGCAUUCGCUAGGCCUGAUUGUUAAAAAGAACAAGUUUUAAGGCUUAAAAUGUAAACGUUUACAUUUUGUGGCAUGCAGAAUGUCUGAGCUUCCUUUGUUGCAUAGUAUAAUGCUUUAUAAAAUAAAACAUACUGCAGUUGUGGUCUGCACGUAGUUUCGGUUUUGGACUGGCGUUUUUUGCAGUGCACAUUUAUUACAUUUGUAAAUGCACAAGGUCAAAUUAUUAAUUAGAUCAGUUUACCAGUUUAAUUUGAACAUUUUGUCGAACAUUUGAAUGCAUACAAAUUGUGUACAGUCUUCUCCCAUUCAGAUAUUGAUGUGUGGUGAAACUCCUGACGGUUUCAUAACAUCUGAAAUAUGGUUCUGGAAUUCAAGUGAAAAUGUAAUUCUUCCAAACCUUUAGGUAAAGGGUAGUGUUAUGGUUGUUGGUGGAGGGUGAAUUUGACAAGUUGGCUAGCUUCAAUGAGUCCAAACUCAAGCUAGGAUGAUUAAGUUGAUUAAUGAGAAAAAAAAUGGAACUGCUUUGUGGCAGAAGCCCCCUGAAGAGCAAUGCUCAGUGUGGAUGUAGCUGAUGCCAAUUAAGGCAGUAGCCAGUGGCACAUUAAUGGGUAAAACCUUUUACAACUAUUUUUGUUCUCCAAUUAGUCUAAGCAAACUGUAA